AUGAAGGUUUGCCUCGCAGCAGCUCUUGCUGCCGCCUUCACCGCGACAGCGAUGUCGCAGGACUCUCCUGCUGAGCUUCUCCGCGAACUGCAGGCCCAACGAGAAUUGUUGGAAGAGCAGCGCAAGGAGCUGAAGCAGAUGACCGAAACCCAGGAGAGUAUGGCUGGCGCCAUGGAUUCGGCGUGGCUCGUCCUUUGUGGAGCGUUGGUUAUGUUCAUGCAUGCAGGAUUUGCAAUGUUGGAGACCGGCUGCUGCCGUGCCAAGAAUGCCUCGAACGUCCUGAUGAAGAAUCUAGUCAAUGUGAGUGUUGGCACAUUGGGUUGGUGGAUCUUUGGCUGGGCCUUCGCCUAUGGCUCCCAAGCCGGGUCUUUCAUUGGCACGGAUGGCUUCUUCGGCCUCGGGUUCUACAACAAGGAUGCAUCGGGCAAUAUCGUCCCGGUGGAGUGUGAGGACGGGGCCUGCCAGUCCACCAUGCUGAGCUGGUUCUUUCAGUGGGCCUUCUGCACAGCUGGCGCCACCAUCGUGAGCGGAUGUGUGGCGGAGCGUGUCAAGAGUCCCACCUACGCUGUGUUCGCCUUCUGCAUGACCAGCUUUGGAUGGCCAACGGCUACACGGGCUACCACUGUGGUCUUGGCAUUAGAGGAUGCGUUGAGGCACAGAAGGCAGUCGUCAUCAAGAAGAACGAGGACGUUUGGUGGCGUUGCCCCUACUGCAACAAGGGGCUUCGGAACAAAGAGGGCACAUAUGCAGGACGCAGAUCCAAGCGGAUCCACCUACGCGUGCACAACAAGACCCUUCAGCAGGCGCACGUUGACGGGCUCAAGAAGUUCAAGUGGUCCUCUACAAAGCGCGACAAGAUCAUCAAGAAGAAGAUGGAGAAAGCCCGUAAGAACAACGAGUCCUUCGAGGAGAAAGGCCACGCCAUCGAGAUGA